AAUUUCAUUCGAGGCUGAGUUUCAUUUCUCGUUUUUAAAACAAGAGGGCGGGCACCUCACACACACGAUAAACAGAGGCCACAUUAUCAUUGUGAGGGAUAAAGAGAGUGAGAAAGAGAUACAGAGACAAAGACCAAUUCCCAACAAGGCCUCAAAGAGAACAUUAAGAGAUGGCAGAAGGCGAGGAUAUUCAGCCUCUUGUUUGCGACAAUGGAACUGGAAUGGUUAAGGCUGGAUUUGCUGGAGAUGAUGCUCCAAGGGCUGUCUUCCCCAGCAUAGUGGGACGCCCUCGCCAUACUGGAGUGAUGGUUGGCAUGGGCCAAAAGGAUGCUUAUGUUGGUGAUGAGGCUCAAUCCAAGAGAGGUAUUUUGACAUUGAAGUAUCCAAUUGAGCACGGAAUUGUCAGCAAUUGGGAUGAUAUGGAGAAGAUUUGGCAUCACACUUUCUACAAUGAACUUCGUGUGGCCCCAGAAGAGCAUCCAAUCCUGUUGACUGAAGCUCCUCUCAACCCUAAGGCCAAUCGUGAAAAAAUGACGCAGAUUAUGUUUGAGACCUUUAACACCCCUGCCAUGUAUGUUGCUAUUCAGGCAGUUCUCUCCCUUUAUGCCAGUGGUCGUACAACUGGUAUUGUUCUUGACUCAGGGGAUGGUGUCAGCCAUACAGUCCCCAUUUAUGAAGGUUACGCUCUUUCCCACGCGAUCCUCCGUCUUGAUCUGGCUGGCCGUGAUCUCACUGACAACUUCAUGAAGAUACUCACAGAGAGAGGCUACUCUUUCACUACAACAGCUGAGCGGGAAAUUGUGAGGGAUAUAAAAGAGAAGCUAGCUUACAUUGCUCUUGACUAUGAACAAGAGCUAGAAACAGCAAAGACGAGCUCUUCCGUGGAGAAGAACUACGAACUGCCUGAUGGACAAGUGAUCACUAUAGGUGCUGAACGAUUCCGAUGCCCUGAGGUCCUCUUCCAGCCAUCGAUGAUCGGGAUGGAAGCUGCGGGAAUCCAUGAAACCACCUAUAAUUCUAUCAUGAAGUGCGAUGUAGAUAUCAGGAAGGAUCUGUACGGCAACAUUGUUCUCAGUGGUGGCUCGACCAUGUUCCCAGGUAUUGCUGACAGGAUGAGUAAGGAGAUUACAGCUCUGGCUCCAAGCAGCAUGAAGAUUAAGGUGGUGGCUCCACCUGAGAGAAAGUACAGUGUAUGGAUUGGAGGCUCCAUUUUGGCCUCUCUCAGCACAUUCCAGCAGAUGUGGAUAGCCAAAGCAGAAUACGACGAAUCUGGCCCUUCAAUCGUCCACAGAAAGUGCUUCUAAAAUAAGAGUUGCUGGAAAGAGACCAUCGCUGGAGAGAUUUAUAUGAUUCUUGAUGCUGCUCCCGAUUUGCUUUUCCUUAUUUAUUUUUUGUUCUUUUCAUCCAAGUCUUUACUUCUAUUAAGAUUUGAACAUCAGACAUGGAAACAAUAUGAUAAAAUUGAAAUAUUCACAUAUUUUUUCUCCAAUUUAUAUUAAUUCAUAGAAGAGUUGUGUAUUUCCGGUGGUAUUAUGAUUUGAGUUUUGGAUGGACGGCAAAUGCUUCACUGUAUUUAUCUGCUUAUCUGACCAUGUCACGGAUUGUAAUUCAAAUAUGAGUUUGUAAUGCCA